GCACGUUCGACUUCCUUUGUGCGCCGGAAGUGGAGCGCCGGCGCCGAUGACGUGUGUCGGCGCGAGGUUGUUCCGUCGUCUUCGUCGGCUUCUCAGUCACCGCGGAUGACGUCACCCCCCUCCGGCCAUCCUCUUGCCCCAUGGUCUGGCUGACGUCUCGCGGGUCAGUUGCCGCGCGGGCAGUGGCCGUCGCGUGCCCUUACUUGGCAGCGAGAUACCGAGUGGUUCUCGAGCCUCCAGGGAGGCUGUCCCGAGCGCUGCUUGGCGGGGGACGCAGCCAAUCGCCGCAUCACCACGCGCAGAGAGACUGCAGGGAAGAGGAACUGCACAAAUACGAGAUGGCAACCCUGUCACUUCGCAUCAGCAUCGUCGACAAGAAUGUGACAAAGACUAUGCAGUUUGACCCCACCACUGCAGUUUACGAUGCUUGCAAGAUCAUAAGAGACAAGAUAUCUGAGGCCAACCAAGGACAACCCAAUGAGUACGGGCUGUUCCUCGCUGAUGAGGAUGUGAAGAAAGGUGUGUGGCUGGAACCUGGACGAAGCCUGGAGUAUUACAUCCUGAGGAAUGGGGAUCUGCUGGAGUACCGGAAGAAGCUUCGCACGCUGCGAGUGAGGAUGCUGGACGGCACGGUCAAGACUCUCCUGGUGGACGACAGCCAGCCGGUGGCCAACCUAAUGGUGGUCAUCUGCACCAAGAUAGGCAUCACGAAUCACGACGAAUACGGCCUGGUCAGAGAGAACCAAGAAGACGAACUGGAGAACAAACCAAAUUUUGGCACGUUGACACUGAAGCGAAAAAAGGAAGAAAGGGAGCGAGAUGCGAAAAUGGACCAGCUGAGGAAGAAACUGCGGACAGAUGAUGGAGUGAACUGGGUGGACCCGGCCAAAACGCUUCGCGAGCAAGGCGUCGACGAGACGGAAACCGUGCUGCUGCGGAGGAAGUUCUUUUUCUCGGACCAGAACAUAGACUCACGCGAUCCCGUGCAGUUGAACCUGCUGUACGUGCAGGCGCGAGACGCCAUCGUGGACGGCACACACCCUGUCACGCUGGACAAGGCGUGCGAGUUCGCGGGCAUCCAGUGCCAGAUACAGUUCGGCGACCACAACGAGAGCAAGCAUCGGCCAGGCUUCCUCGAUUUGAAAGAAUUUUUGCCACAGUCAUAUGUAAAGGUGAAAGGAGUGGAGAAGAAAAUUUUUGCGGAGCACAAGAAGCACGUCAGCCUGUCGGAACUCGAUGCUAAAGUGUUGUACACAAAGACAGCGAGGUCUCUUACUACCUAUGGGGUCACUUUCUUUCUUGUCAAGGAGAAAAUGAAAGGCAAGAACAAGCUGGUGCCGAGGCUGCUGGGCGUGACCAAGGACUCGGUGCUGAGGCUGGACGAGAAGACGAAGGAGAUCAUGAAGACGUGGCCGCUGACCAUCGUGCGGCGGUGGGGGGCGUCGCCCAACACCUUCACGCUGGACUUCGGCGACUACUCGGACCAGUACUACUCGGUGCAGACGACGGAGGCCGAGCAGAUUGUCCAGCUCAUUGCCGGCUACAUCGACAUCAUCCUCAAGAAGAAAAAAUGUAAAGAUCAUUUUGGCAUUGAAGGCGAUGAAGGCUCAACUAUGGUAGAAGACAAUGUAUCAGCUUCAAAGGCUACAAUACUUCAGCAUGAGACCAGUAAAACAGGAAAAGUUAAUGAAGAAUCUGUAGCAAAACCAGGAGUGAUGAGAGUAACAGAUGGAGCACGGCCGUACGGCACGGGGCACAUGGGCAGCGCCCAGUUCUCGACGGUCGGCGGGCAGGUGAACAAAGGCCAUGCCCCUCCGAUGGUGCAGCAGACGAAGGUGACCAGCGUGAUGUCGGAGCCUCAGCGGGCCCUGCUGAGCACCAUCAGCGCCGGCCACGAGGUCAUCGAGACGGUGGAGGCCGAGCUGAAGACCAAGGCCCAGAUACCUGAGCUGGGAUCCGACCCGGCAUCUCUGAAAUGGAAGGAAACUAUGCUAGACACCAACAAGCAGAACGUGAGCUCCCAGAUUGCAGCAAUGAAUGCCGCAACUGCACAAGUUGUCACGUUAACUUCAGGCCCUGCGGACGAGGUGGACCACACGAUGGUGGGGGCAGCCAUCUCCACCAUCACCACCAACCUGCCGGAGAUGACGCGCAACGUCCGGAUGAUAGCCGCCCUCAUGGAGGACGACACGUCCGGGGAGAAGCUCCUGGACGCCGCCCGCAAGCUGUGCCUGGCCUUCAGCGACCUGCUCAAGGCUGCCGAGCCGGAGACCAAGGAGCCGCGGCAGAACCUGCUGAACGCGGCGAGCAGGGUGGGCGAGGCGUCCCACCAGGUGCUCACCACCAUCGGGGACGAGGACGAGUCGAGCCGCGAGCUGCAGGACGUCCUCCUGGGGCUCGCCAAGGCGGUCGCCAACACGACGGCCGCGCUCGUCCUCAGGGCCAAGAACAUCGCGGCCACCUGCGACGACCAGGCCACGCAGAACAGGGUGAUCGGCGCGGCGACCCAGUGCGCGCUCGCGACGUCCCAGCUCGUGGCGUGCGCCAAGGUGGUGGCUCCCACGCUGCACAGCCCGGCGUGCCAGCAGCAGCUCAUGGCGGCCGUGCGCGAGGUGGCCCGCGCCGUCGAGGCCCUGGUGUCCGUCUGCAACGAGAGCUGCUCCGACGACGUCCUCCUGCGGGAGCUCGGCCAGGCGGCGUCCGAGGUCACCCGGACCCUCAAUGACCUGCUCAACCACAUCAAGCAAGGCACCAGGGAGAGGGCCCGGGAGAGCAUCCAGGAGGGGGCGGUGGAGACGAUCCUGGUGGCGACGGACCGCCUGUUUGCGUCCACCGGCGACGCGGGGGAGAUGGUGCGCCAGGCCAGGGUGCUGGGCCAGGCCACCGCACAACUCAUACAGGCCAUCAAGGGGGAGGCGGAGAAGCAGCCCGACUCGGAGCUGCAGCGUCGGCUGCUCGCGGCAGCCAAGACGCUGGCAGACGCCACGGCGCGCAUGGUGGAGGCUGCGCGGCUCUGCGCCUCCAGCCCCCACGACGCCCAGAGGCAGAACCAGCUGCGGCAGGCGGUGGAGGAGCUCAGGGCCGCCACCGCGGCGGCUGCCACCCCGGCCCUGCGGGGGAAGCUCAUCUCCCGCCUGGAGAGCGCGGCGAAGCACGCCGCCAGCACGGCCACGCAGUGCAUCGCGGCUGCGCACGGCGCAGCACACCACAACACCAACGCGGCGUCCCAGGAGGAGCUGAUGUCGGACUGCAAGGCGAUGGCGGACCGCGUCCCGGCCCUGGUGGAGGGCGUGAAGGGGACCCUGUCGAGCCCGGAGAGCUCCGGCGCCCAGCUCAACCUCAUCAGCUCCUCCGAGCAGUUCCUGCAGCCCGGGCUGAGGGUGGUGCAGUCGUCGCGCGCCGUGCUGCCCACGGUGUCGGACCAGUCCUCGGCCGUGCUGCUCAGCAGCAGCUCGCAGCAGCUGAACGCGGCGCUCGGCGACCUGCGCUCGGCGGUGGGCCGGGCGCGGGAGUCGUGCGGGGGGCUGGAGCUCGACUCGGCCGCCGACCUCAUCCACAGCCUCAAAGGGGAGCUUGACGCCUUCUACCGGGCCGCGGAGAGGAGCGAGCUCCGCCCGCUGCCCGGCGAGACCGCGGAAUCCACAUCGCUGCUGCUCGGGAGCACCUCGAAGAACGUCGGCUCGGCCAUGGCCCAGCUGCUGAGCGCCGCCGCCCAGGGCAACGAGAACUACACCGGCAGCGCGGCUCGCAACACCGCGGCGUCCCUCAGGGACCUGACCAUGGCCGUGAGGGGCGUUGCCGCCACCACCACCAACCGGGAGACCCAGAGCAGGAUCAUAAACAGUGCAGACACUGUAAUGGAUCGCUCGCUCAUCUUGAUAGAAGAAGCCAGAGAAGCCUUGCGGCACCCAGAAAGAACUAACAACAGUCAGAACUUGGCUCACGUUGCUAAAGAUGUUUCUCAGGCUCUGAACAAGUGUGUUGGCUGCUUGCCUGGGCAGAAGGAUGUCGAUGAGGCCAUCACUACAAUUACAGAUGCCUCUCAGAUUUUGAAUACCGGAGACUUCCCACGCACUGACAAGUCUUACGGCCAGUUACAGCAAGAGUUGAACUCUGCCGCUGCCAACUUGAACGAUGCGUCCUCGGAGGUUGUAUCGUCAGUUCGCAGUCCAAUUCAGUUGGCAUCAUCGUCGAGGCAUUUCAGCUCUGCGUUCGGCGACCUGAUGGGAGUGAGCAUGGAGAUGGCUGGCCAGACGAAGGAUGUGGAAGUGCAAGGCCAGAUGGUCGUGUCUUUGAAGAACGUGUCCAUGGUGUCGUCGAAUCUCUUGGUGACUGCCAAGUCUGUGGCCGCGGAUCCGUCUGCGCCGAAUGCCAAGAACCAGCUAGCUGCGGCCGCCAGAGCCGUGACGGACAGCAUCAACUACCUGGUGGACGUGUGCACGUCGGCUGCCCCGGGCCAGAAGGAGUGCGACAACGCCAUACGCCAGAUCCAGUCGAUGCGGCCCAUGCUGGACAACCCCAACGAGCCGGUCAACGACUCAACGUAUUUCGAGUGCUUGGACACGGUCAUGGAGAAAUCGAAGAGCCUCGGCGACGGGAUGACGGGCAUUGCGAACCACGCCAAGAAGUCGGAGCACGAGCAAUUCGGCGGCGCGGUGAAGAACGUGUCGAGCAGCAUCUGCGGGCUGGUGGAGGCGGCGGCCCAGGCGGCCUACCUGGUGGGUGUGUCGGACCCGUCGAGCGUGGCUGGCCGCCCGGGGCUGGUGGACCAGACGCAGUUCGCCCGCGCCGCCCAGUCCAUCCAGACGGCCUGCCAGCACCUCACCAACCCCGCCACCAACCAGCAGCAGGUGCUAUCUGCAGCCACUGUGAUAGCCAAGCACACCAGUUCCCUUUGCAAUGCUUGCCGUGUUGCAUCUUCCAAAACUACCAAUCCUGUAGCCAAGAGGCAUUUCGUUCAGUCUGCAAAGGAUGUUGCCAACUCCACUGCCAAUCUGGUGAAGGAGAUCAAAGCGCUCGACCAGGACUACAGCGACGCGAACCGCGACAGCUGCGCAGCCGCCACUCGGCCGCUGCUCGAGGCGGUCGACUCCCUGUGCACGUUCGCGCGGUCGCCCGAGUUCGCCAGCCAGCCGGCGCGGAUCAGCCUGGCGGCGCGCGCCGCCCAGGAGCCCAUCACGUCCUCGGGCCGGUCCAUCGUGGACGGCUCCUGCGCCAUGGUGGGCGCGGCCAAGUCGCUGGCCGUGAGCCCGCGCGACCCCCCCACCUGGCAGCUGCUGGCCAACCACAGCAAGUGCGUGUCCGACUCCAUCAAGAAGCUCGUCUCCUCGAUCAGGGACAAGGCGCCGGGGCAGAAGGAGUGCGACGAGGCGAUAGAGAAGCUGAGCGCGAAGAUACGCGAGCUGGACCAGGCGUCGCUGGCCGCCGUGUCUCAGAGCCUGCCCCAGCGGCGCGACAACACGCUGCAGGGCUUCACCGACCAGAUGGAGAGCUCGGCCAACGAGAUCCUGGAGAAGGUCGAGCCGGUUCGCCACGCCGGCAAGUACGAGGCCGAGAACCUGGGCCAUGCCGUCAGUCAGUUGAUCCAGUAUUUCGAGCCGCUGGUGAACGGGACCAUCGGAGCAGCGUGCAACAUGGUGCACUCGAAGCAGCAGAUGGUACUGUUGGACCAGACGAAGACAGUCGCGGAGUGUGCCCUGCAGUUGGUCUACACCGCCAAGGAGGGCGGUGGAAAUCCCAAGGCCGUGAGCUUCCACCCGGAGAUCGACGACGCGGGGGACGCGACGCGGGACGCCCUCCACGACCUGGGCAAGACCUUGGAGCACCUGGCCACGCAGGCGGGCGUGGUGACGGGCGUGCUGGACGCCAUCACCCGCGCCAUGGCGCGUCUGUCCGACAACCGCACGUCCGCUGCCGUCGCCGGCGAGCACAGCUUCGUCGACUACCAGACCAGGAUGGUGAGCGCGGCCAAGGAGGUGGCCCGCGUCGCCCAGGAGAUGGUGACCAAGUCCGGCACGGACGCGGCCCGCCUGGGCCCGCUGUGCGCGGAGCUGUCCCACGGCUACGGCCAGCUGGCGCACGACGCCGUCGGCGCGGCCGCCGCCACCUCCAACGCGGACGUGUCGGCCAGGAUCCGCGCCGGCGUCCAGGACCUGGGGCGGGCCUGCCUGGACCUCGUCAGGUCGGGCGGCACCUGCCAGAUGGCGCCCCAGGGCGACACGUACGCCCAGAGGGACGUCUCCGAGAGCUCCCGCGUCGUGUCCGAGAAGGUGUCCCAGGUGCUGGCAGCACUGCAGGCCGGGUCCCGGGGAACGCAGGCGUGCAUCAACGCGGCCAGCACCGUGUCGGGCAUCAUCGGGGACCUGGACACCACCAUCAUGUUCGCCACAGCUGGCACCUUGCACGCGGAGAACGAGGACGAGUCGUUCGCCGACCACCGGGAGAACAUCCUCAAGACGGCCAAGGCGCUGGUGGAAGACACCAAGACGCUCGUUGCCGGUGCUGCUUCGUCUCAGGAGCAACUAGCCGUGGCAGCUCAGAACGCUGUGUCAACGAUUGUCCAAUUGGCAGAGGUUGUCAAGUUCGGGGCUGCUUCACUUGGCUCCAACAAUCCUGAGGCUCAGGUGAUGCUGAUAAAUGCAGUGAAGGAUGUGGCGUCAGCCUUGGGUGACCUGAUUCAAGCCACCAAGGCAGCCUCAGGCAAAAGCAUCAAUGACCCGUCCAUGAAUCAUUUGAAAGACUCUGCCAAGGUGAUGGUGACCAACGUGACGUCACUGCUGAAGACGGUGAAGGCGGUGGAGGACGAACACACGAGGGGCACCCGUGCCCUGGAGGCAACCAUCGAGGCCAUUGCCCAGGAGAUCAGGGCCCUGAACUCGCCCGAGCAGCAGAAGAGCAGCGCCACUCCCGAGGACCUGGUGCGGUCCACCAAGGCCAUCACGGUGGCGACGGGCAAGGCCGUGGCGGCCGGCAACAGCUGCAAGCAGGACGACGUCAUCGUGGCGGCCAACAUGGGCCGCAAGGCCAUCUCCGACAUGCUCACCGUCUGCAAGGGCACGGCGAACAACGCGGAGAGCGAGGAGCUGCGGUCGCGAGCGCUCCGCGCGGGCCACGACGUGGCGGUGCAGUACCGCGAGCUGCUGCAGACGAUCCUGCACGUGCUAAGCCGGCCCGGCGGCGCGGGCGACGCCAAGCAGUCCCUCGCGCCCAUCUCGCGCCGCAUCGCCCAGUGCGUCACGGAGCUCGUGUCCUCCGCGGAGCUCCUCAAAGGUACCAACUGGGUGGAUCCGGAUGAUCCCACAGUCAUAGCCGAGAAUGAGCUGCUCGGAGCUGCCGCGUCAAUCGACGCCGCCGCCAAGAAGUUGGCAAGUCUGCGUCCGCGCAGAUCGGUGCAGGAGGCAGAUGAAAACUUAAACUUUGACGAAAUGAUACUGGAAGCAGCCAAAUCCAUCGCUGCAGCCAACUCGGCUCUGGUGAAAGCUGCGUCAGCCGCACAGCGAGAACUGAUUGACAGUGGAAAGGUGAGUCGCCGCCCGCUCACGAGCUCCGACGACGGCCAGUGGUCGGAGGGGCUGAUCUCGGCGGCGCGGCUGGUCGCCGUGGCGACCCACAGCCUGGUGGAGUCGGCCAACGCGCUGGUGCAAGGCGUGCAGUCGGAGGAGAAGCUCAUCUCCAGCGCGAAGCAGGUGGCUUCGUCCACGGCCCAACUGCUCGUCGCCUGCAAGGUCAAGGCCGACCCCGACAGCGAGAGCACCAAGAGGCUGCAGGCGGCGGGCAACGCGGUGAAGCGCGCCACGGACAACCUGGUGCGGGCGGCUCAGCAGGCCAUGCAGCAGGAGGAGGAGCGCAGCCUGGUGCUCAACAGGCGCAUGGUGGGCGGCAUCGCGCAGGAGAUCAACGCCCGCUCCGAGGUGCUGCGCAUCGAGCGCCAGCUGGAGGAGGCGCGCGGCCGCCUCACCGCCAUCCGCCAGGCCAAGUACAAGCUCAAGGGCGGGGAGACGUCGCCGUCGGACGGCGAGACCGACGGCUACGGCAGCGGCUACGAGUCCUUCACCACCCGGUACGAAACACGCUCGUUCGAGAACAGCUCGAGCCAGAAGACGCCUGACUCGAGCUUCGCCCAGCAGAAACAGCCGCAGCAGCACAUGUCCACGCCGUACCCGGGACCCGGCGUGUCUUCCCCGGAGAAGGUGUACGCGAGCCUCACGAAGGUCGAGAAGGCGUACAACAGCAUACAGGGUAUCCUCGACGAGGCUCAGUCCAACGGCAACGGGCCCGGUGCAAGGCUGUCGGCGGGGGGCAGGAGUCCGAAUGCCCCCACGCAAGACACCCCCAAGACGUACACCGUCGAUACCCCCAAGACGUACACUGUCGAUACCCCCAAGACGUACACCGUCGAUACCCCCAAGACGUACACCGUCAGCGCGACGAGGAAGAUCACGCCGUUCCCCCAGGACUCGACGGGCUACUCAUCCAGCACCACCACCUUCGCCAACGACGUGACGUCCACCAACGACUUUGCCGACUCGAGCAUCAUCAGCCGGGUCGACGGCGACUCGGGCUACAGCCUGGAGCAGAGGAUGCUGAACCAGUCGAUGACCCAGCGCACGGUGGAGAAGAAGACCGUGACGACCACGUCUUCCACCACAUCCGCGAAGCGCACGUACCGGCUGGGGCAGAGCUAAGACUCCCCGGCACGUCGUCUCGUCUACGAGAACCACGGGAUGGGAGAGGCGUUGCGAUGAGACCGGUCGCUGGCCACCGUACAAGUUUCUGGCGAGAUGAAAAUAACAUUUCUGUUCAUAGAAAUUGGGAAAAAAAAUUAUCUUGGGGUGCUCUUGCGAGAUGUUGAUACCAUUUUGUUUCUUCCAGGCUUGGAAGUGCUGAUCACCAAUAUUAUUAUUUUUUAUGAUGUUUUUGCGUCAGAUUAUUGAGCAUCUCUCUUGCCUUUGAAUUAAUCUGGAAGAAAAUGUUGUUUUCAUACCUUUGUAAAAAAUUUAAUGCAGUUUUUAUUGAUUGUGCUGAAUCACUUUUUAAUGACUGUGUUGGUCUUUCUAUGAAAUAUAUGCUCUCCCACCCCCCCUCCCCCCGCUUAAAAUAGGUCGACCAUAGGGAAUCUAGUUUCUUAAACUCAGUUCCAUCCAAAAAUUUUAUGUAGUCUAAUCAGCUGGUGCAUGCGACUGUCAGAAGUGUUUGUAAUGCUUUAUGUGAUGUUUUUUGUAUGCUCUAAGAUAAUAUAUUUUUUAAUCAUUUUCAUUAACGUUUACAAUAAUUUCAGUAAAAUAUAGUAUCUCUAUAUAGUGAAACAUAAUUAAAAAGUUAGUACCUUACUAUAAAUGAUUUCAUUAUAAAUUAUUUUGUUAUUAAGUACCAAAAAUGUGGGUUUUCUUUAACUUAGCAAAUGUGUUAGUAAAGAUGUUAAAAAGUAUAAGUGGUGCUCUUAAUGCUAAAAAAGUCAGACUAUUUUUCAAUCUGUGAGGUUUGUAAUUACACCAUUUUGUCACAUACACAGUGCACAAGCCUUGUCUUAAUGAAACAUAGGCUGCGGGUUUGAGGAGGGUGAGCUAGGUCCUUCUUCCUACCAAGGGGACUUAUGGACACAUAAUAUGUAAACGGAAUAACAUCAGCAUUUGUAUUCCUAACAUGAUCACACCAUACCGACAUCAAUAACCACAUCCUUUACUUGAUAAGUACAGGAUUACAUGGCAUAAUGUUCCCAUGGUACUGGUAUAUAUGCAGCAAAGUUGAAAUUAGUAUGGUUAUUGUGUCCUCAACUUUGGCUACACUGCUGUGUGAGGCAAAUACUAAAUGGCACAUUGUGGCAAGUUUUGGUUGUAAUAGUAAUGUUAAAGCUCUUUGAAAAACUGUUGAGUAUGUAUUCUGUUAUAUAGGGAGGUGUAUGCAAGUGCGUUAAAUUAUUUAUGUCUCUGGGAAGGUGAUUUAUUAAACUUUGGCCUGCACAGCUGUCUGCAGAAUAGCAGUUCGCUUCAGUUUGAUGAGGGAGUUAUUUUCUGCAUACAGCAUGUAAAAUCUUUGUUGCAAAUAAUAGUUGGUUUUGGCAAAAAUACAGCCUCAUGUUGGUUGUUAAUUGGUGGCAAGUGUAAACAAAAGAGAGACCAUGCCAUUAUGGAAUAACGUAUUUGUUAUGAUGUAUUUUUCAAUGGUUAUUGGAAUAAGAUUUAUUCUUCCCCAGAUGUCAGCCCUAAGUAAAUAUCAUACUGAAAACUCAUGAACAAAAUCAUUAAACGAGAUACUAAAUAUGGGACUAUUAUGUGUGGAAUAUAAGUAUACAUAUGUAAAAGAAAACAGGAUAUAUGACUGUAUCACCUUUUAAUGUCUAGUUGUAGGAAGUUUCCCAAUCUUCGAACAACAGAGUGAGUUUGGAGCUAGCAUUAUAUUGUCUUGUAUAAUUGUUAAAUCUUAGUGUAAUGGGUUUUUUUCCUGGAAAGAAAGCGAUGGCUUUAAUAGGAAUGAUUCUUAAACUGGUAAAAUGCAGCAUUAUAGACAAUCAGUAACUAGUAAUUUUGCUGUCAGCAGGCAUGCAUUGUUUUAAUAUAUAGUAUUAAAAGAUUUUAUCGACGUGUAAAAGGAUCGGUGUUUGUUUAUUCAGUAGAACCAUUUUUUAAGUCACGGUCUGUCUUAAGUGUGUAUUCUCCUGCAUCUUGCACCACUAUUCUAUGGCUUCAAUGUUGUUAUAGAAUUAAUUCACCCCCUCCUUGUUUACUUUUUUUUUUUUUCCAUUUUUCCCUUUUCUGUUUAUUAAAUUGUUUUUUCAUGUUUGCAUAUGUAAUUUGUUCUACUUGAACUAUGGGAGAAAUUUGAUUCAUUGGAACUUAAUAUGAACUGUUAAAUAAUCUUUAAAAGUCAGAAUUGUUGAUACCUAAAUGAAAAGUAAUGACCCAGAAAAAUAACGAAAAAAUAUUAAACUCUAUUAAACAGUGGGAAAUGUUUUUUUAAUUCAUGUUAAAUAUGUUUUCAAGCAUGUUUGACUUGCGAAUCAUUCACAAAUUUCUUUUUAAAUGAUUUUAUUCACGAUUUUGUAUCUAUUCAUGAAUAUCCACAAAUGUUUAGUUAUAUUAUAUUUUCUUUAAUCAUUAAAUAGAUAGGCAUGAACGUGCAAUAACUACCUAUGUUAUGUUGAACCUUAGUUAUGAUACAUAGUACUCCAAAUUAUGGUACAUAAUGGCAGAAAAUUAUUACCAUAGCACAAUUAGCAUUCGGAAAGUAAAAUAUAUCACUUGCUCACAGUCUUUUUAUCUUAUAGAAACCAAUUAUACACAUUAAAACCUGUUAGAUAAUGAACGAGAAAUUUUUUAAGGGGAUGAAAAUUAACGCCCAUUUAUGGUGUAUGGUAGAAGCAGUCUUCAAGCAGGAAGGAAAACUAACCAAGUACAUAACUUGGAGGUCCUUGCCUAUUGAGCAAUCAAAACAAAAACUUCCUUUGUUCUGCCCACUCGUCCUCACUCUAAAAGCCUUCAAUGGCAUGGGAAGGUCAAAGUUGAUAUCCAUUAUCCAUUACCUGUACCUUAAACCAUCUUUCUCGUUCCUCCAGCGCUGGGUAGAGUUUUUUCAUCUCUCCCACCCAUUAUACAAUAAAUAGGACGUGUUUUCCUUCAUAUGUCCUUGAUAUGCAUGCCAGCUUCACCGAGGUGGUGGGGGUAGGUUUUGCAAGACAGAGUCCUUUCAUUAUUUCAUGAAUAAAUUAGCUUCUCUGGAAAUAUUUUAUUGUAAGUAGAAUAUGAAUGGUAUUAAUCUAUUUAUUAUUUCAAUGAUGUAUAAAUUUACGCAGCCCUUGAUUUGGUAUGCAUGUCUUUUUAACUUAAGAAAUGAAGUUUUUUACUCAAGGAUUUUUCUAAUUUUACCUAACAAUUUCAAGACUUGCUACUCAAGAAAUUUCCAUGUCUCUAAUGAUAAAAGUUAUUUUUUUCUUAUAUUAUCACAUAGUCAUUGAGGUAAAUAGCUUAAGUUAGGUUACUUUGUUUGACCAGCAACUUGUUACUAGUAUAUUAUAUAUUUUUUUAUUCCUUGUGAAUUUUAAAUGAAAUAAUGACGUGACGAGAUAAAAAAUUAUUUUAUGAUAGAGUAAAACAAUGAUCGGAGAAAUCUCUUGUGUGUUUUGUGGAGUGAGGAAAAGUAGAUACAUGAUCAUAGUGUCCUGGACGGAUAAGCUCGUUCGGUGAGUUUGAGAUUUGCAUCUUCGCGAAAGCUAAACAUAUCAUUGUAGGGUAUUGUCAACUUUCGUGUAACAUCGCAUAUUACAUAUAUGUAUUAAUUUUGGCCAUAAAAAAUAAUUUUCAAACUGUCUGUUAAUUAUUUAGGGCUUUGCUAGUUAAAAGAACAUUCGUUUAUUUAGUCAUUUGAAACAAACAAAUUUUAUAAUCAUGAUACUCAACUGAUGUAAUGUUUUUGUACUUGUUUGAAGAUGUUCACAACUCUGCACAUUGUAAUGUAAAUGCUGUGAAUUAUGUGCACUACUGAAAGCUUCUUCUAAAUGCGUAAUUCUAACUUCUCAAAACAGACAGCAACACUCAUUGAAGGAUGUCGUGUUUGCAAAGAAAGUUCUUUGUGGCAAAAAAAAAAUUGUAUUUCUUUAAGGGCUAUUUUUUUUUUUUUUUAAUUUUGCAAACAGUAUAAUGUUUUAAGUGCUGAACAUGAUUUCUUUAAUAUCGGUAAUUUACAGACACCUUAAAUCAAUCAGUAUUUGUUGAAAAUGUAACUGUAUAUGCUCUAUUCUGCCCCACACAGUCUAGUUGUUCCAUAUUAACUUAAUGUACUGGUUAAGUGUUUUAUUGCCUAUGAAACUUCAUGCCUUCCACUAGAAUACAAUCAUAUCUCUUAGUGUUUAAUAUGCAUGUAAGAGAUCAGAUCAUAAACGUUGACUAAGUAUUUAGGUAGUUGAAGUUCUCUGUUUUACCUUUUAAAAAAGAAUUUUAAGGAUUAAUCGUACAAUAAUGCUGUGUGUGUUAUGAAGAAUUAUCUGUGUCUUACAGGUUUCUAAAGACCUACUUUGAAACUUUUGAAGCCUUAUUAGUGUAAACAGUCCAUCAGGGUAAUAAUUACAAACCUAAUGAUAUUUGCGGAUGUAUGUGGCAUUGGCUUGUCUAAGCAUUAGUACUUCAUAUUUAAUGGAAUUACUAAUUGAAACAAAUUUACAUUACUUGCUGGCUAUUUUAUAGGCUUUUUGUUGUUCAACAUAGUUUUGUUGCCAUUUUGUUAUGUAUAGUAGUAAAAUAAUUGUCAGUUGUGUUUUGUGAUCUGCAGUGACAUAAAAAUGUUUAGAUUAAUAUUAGUAGAUUUGAAAGAUUAGUUAUUCAUGUUCAUAAAAUAUACAACUAUAUUAUCCUGUGCUGUAUUUCGAGCUCAUCAGUGAAUAGUUGUUAUUGCAUUACUUUAUGACAAUGUUGUUUGAAUGUGUAAUUUUUAACAACCAAUUAUUGUUUUUACAGUUUUUGUAUUUAAUAUUAUGUUCAUUUUAAGGUUUUAUAUUGCUAGUAUUUCAUCUAAGAAGCAACAUAUCAUUAUUUAUUUGUAUAUUUCUUUUUUAAUGACUAUUGUGCUUGGCUUUUUUUUACUAGAUUUAUUUUUUCAGGGUUAGACUGUAUUUUUACUAUAAGCUGUCAAGGCACAUUAUCUUAUUUUUACAUAGUAUUCACAAGUCUUGUAUUCACAAUACUUGUACGUGCUGUAUUUAUUCAAGUCUAAAAUGCUCUCCAGUUAAUUUACUCAAAAUAUUCAUUUGUGAAUGGCAUAUUGGAAAAUCUUACAUACCUAGAUAAAUUAUAAAGACAUUCCAAAAUUAGGAAAAAUAAUACUGAAUGCCAGUACUAACAUGUCGCAGGCACAACCAGUAUUCUGAUACAUAUUUAUCUUCUUUUUUUUUUUUUAAUUUAUGAAGAAUGAAUGAAUGAUUUUUGCAUUGGCUCUUAAGCCUAGUAGUAUACUUUUUAGUAAUUUAUGCAUAUGUAAAGUGGUCAUUGCUGCAUUCUACAGGAAAAUUCUCUCUGACUGCUUUCAUUCACUUCUGCUGAUGUAACACUAAGCUACUAUUAUUAUGCUAGUAAGAAUUGACUAAUAUAACUAUUUCAUUGGAAAACAUUAAAAUUUUAAAAAUAAGAUUGAGUAGUGGAACCCAAUUACUAAAAAUCUGUUUUUAGAUCUUAAAUAUUAGUGUAUUUAAAGCAGUAGCACUAACUGUUUUAAUUAUUCCGGUUGUCUUUCAAACUUAUUUUUUUUUAUAUAUUUGUAUGGUAGUCUUGUCUCGCUACUUAUUGCAAAAAGUUCUAAAUAAUAUGUCAUAAACUUAAUUGACUAUUUUUCCUCAUAAUACUUUAGCUGUUGGAAAUGCAGAAAAAGCAGUGUCGUAAAGGAAGGCCUUAAUAAUAAAGAUGUAGAGAAAAUAUUUUGAAAUGUUCAUACAUAGUGAAUGAUGUUAUUGCUAGUGAGAAUUAUUAAUUAUUAUAUCAUUAUUUAAAUAUUUUUGCCUUCAGUCAGCAGCAAGUCUGAUCUUACAUUGAGGCAGUAAGUUAGGCAGAAUUUUUAAUAAAUUAUUUUCAUUCAUAAAGAACUUUUAAAAAUAUGUUCCUUCUCCACCCAGUCCUGAUUCCAGAAUAUAUAAUUUUUUGACAUUACAUUGUUUUGGGAUGUUUCCAAAUUGCAUUAAUACUUGAGUUUAGCUGCAGUUUACCUGAAGAAAGUUAAACUUAGCAUAAGGGCAUUGGCAAAAAUUUGUUUCCAGCCUCAGUUGAACUGAGUUUUCUUGUCAAUGUGCAGCACCAUCAAUUUCAUAAAGAUCUACACUAUUUUCACUGCUUUGAAGUGAGAUGUAUUUUUGAAUUGAGUAAAUACAGUAUAAGUAAAAAAAUUUGGUUACGUGACACCUUUGGGUAUUCCAUUCAUAUAAUCAGUUACAAUUUCUUAUUACUCCCGAGUUCAUUGUUCGGAUGUAUAUAUUUAAUGCAUGAAUCAGUUAAUUUUUAUCUGUAAAUGAUGGUUGACAGUAAAUUUUUAUUAUGUGCCAUUUAUCAUGUAUGAGAAUUUUUUUAGUUAUGUACAAAAUCAUUGAUGAUGGUGUAAUCAUGAAAUUUGUACUUUUUAAAUCAAAAUAUGUUGUGUCAUUUUAGCCACAUGUAAAUAAAUAUGUAAUGAAAUUUUAGGUUCAGGAGCGUAAAGCAAUCCUUGCCUGAUUGAAUCUCUGUUUACAUAUUCCAUCUGUAUACAUUUUGAAGUUAAUGAAUUGUUAAAAAAAAAAAAAAAAAUGUAAUCAGUUCCUUAUGUUCUUGAUGUUCCAAAGUAUAAAUUCACUGUAAAUGUUUUUAACCAUAAUAUUACAAAGACAUGCAAAUGGUCAGUUGCAGAAUCAGAAUGUAAUGAAGUGACCUUAGCACAAGAUGGCACCUAAACAUUGUGGCUUGACAUUUUUAACACUGUAGUGCAAUUAAUAAUUUUUUAAGGUAAAAGGAAAAUAAAUAGAUAGAAAAGCAAUGUAUUCAAAUAUUCAGUAAACAAAAUAAUACUUAUAGCAUGAAAACAGUAAAUAUAUAUAUAUUUUUUCGUUGUUGAGAGCAAUAUCAUGUAUAUUCUAUGAAAUGAUCUAUUUAAAAGUGGGCAUUUUAAGAUAGAAUGAGGCCUUUAUACAGAAAUAAAAAUACUAGUAGAAAAUUGUCUUUGACACUGCAUCUAGUUUUGUGCUGGAUUACAGAGUCUAAUUGUCAAUAGUUUAAAUUUGCAACUAGAUUGUUUUCCAAACAUUUAUGUACAAAAAAGUAUUUUAUGUUGUCAUACCCAAAUUAAUUUAGUUCAAUAUACAUGACUAAAAGUAUAUAUUGUUAACACUGAUAUUAAUGUUACUACUUAAUAGUACACAAAAGAUUUGUGUAUUUGUUUUCAAAUGAAUUACUCGUACAUUUAAGUUAAUCUGUAUUUACAUAGUAAUGAAUUUGUUGUGCUAUAAUCUGGUGAGAAGUUAUAGAAUGUAAGCGUUUGGUUAUAAAGAAUGUAAAGUUGUUAUAUCUUUGUAAUAUUUAAGCAGGUCUGCUUUACUGUAAUGACUAUUAAUACCAUACAAUAAAAUAACGAAACUAUAAA